AUGACCACCACCACCACCAGGGGGACCACCAUGAUGACCGCCAGGAGGUGGACCGCCGUGACCACCGCCAUGAUGGCCACCAUGAGCAUGAUGCCAACCACCACCAUGAUGCCAGCCAUCUGCACCUGCAUGGUGCCAACCACCACCUUCAUGAUGCCAGCCACCACCACCACCAUGACCGCCAUGAUGACCACCACCACCGCCAGCCACACCGCCGCCGGCACCGCCACCACCCUGCGGCGCAUUCAGCGCAUUCGGAGCACUAUUACGGCGCCUCAGACCACCGCCACCAUGCUGCCCCCCGCCGCCGAACAUAGCGUCUGGGGGGAGAAGCCAAGCAGGAGGCGGAGUACGUCCACCACCACGACGCUCGACAACCCAAGGCGGCGGCGGACCACCACCGUGAAAAGCCCAAGGAGGAGGAUGACCACCGCCGUGAAAACCCCACGGUGGAGGUGGAGGGCCGACGUAAUCCCACUGCGGAGGUGGUGGAGCUGGGCCGUGGAAACCCCACGGGCCGGCAGCAGGAGGAGGAAAGCCGGGGUGAGGCCUGUCCCAAGGCGGGGGGAGAUACCCGCGGGAAGCGUCGUCGCCGCCGCCGCCUUCAUGGAAGACCCAGGGUGA